GUCGUGGAUUACUACGCGCCAACCGAUUUCCUGCAGAUGGACGACCACGCUUUGCCAGGGAGCCUAGAGCACAAUGCAAGAGACUCGCCGGAAUCGCGAUAUAUUGGCGGGCCCAUAACAGAAAACCGAGAUAUCGUUGAGAAGGCCAAUCCAAUUACCUGGAUCGAGCGCCAGCUGCCACCUUUCUUCAUCGCCUAUGGUACCGAGGACCGCAUUGUCCCCUUGCAUCAGAGUGAAUUGCUUGUAAGCGCGUUGGAGAAGGUCGGUGCUCGUGCUAUAUUCCAUCCUGUUGACAGAGCUGAGCAUGGAUUUCAAGGAUCGUCU